CCAGUCGAGCUGGUUGUGAGUUGGGGCGGAGCCUGCAGGUAGGAAGUGAAACCGAACGGUUGAGAAAGAGCUCGGGGUUCCAGCUCUCCGGGUUCAGCGAGCCAGAGAGAGGUGGAGAGGCCGCUCGGAACACUCGGCCGGUCAGAAUGAAGUUGCUGAUUGUUCCCCUUUUCCUCCUCCUGUUGUCUUUGGUGUCCUUGAAGUUCUGUGCCGGGGCCAAGAUAAUGGUUAUUCCACCCAUCAUGUUUGAGAGCCACCUGCAGAUAUUCCGGACGCUGGCCAAGGCCCUGCACAGCCGUGGGCACGAGGUAGUCCUUGUGGUGUCGGAGGGGCGCGAAAUCGAGCAGUCUCCGUACUAUCGGUCCCAGCUGUACCCUGGCAUGUUCACCAGUCAGACUGCCGACGACUUCCUGCAGGAGAGAAUGAGGAACAUCUUCGCAGGCAAGCUGACCUCCCUGGAACUGUUUGGCAUUCUGGAAUCCUACACGGCAAACUGUGACAGGAUGGUGGGCAAUCGAGAAUUGGAGAGUCGUCUAAGGGAAGAGAAGUUUGACCUGUUACUGGUGGACCCCAAUGAAAUGUGUGGCUACGUCUAUGCUGAGAUCUUGGGGUUAAAACAUGUGACAUUCUCCACCGGGCUGUGGUUCCCAGCGGAACUUGGGGCUCCUGCCCCAGUUUCCUAUGUCCCGGAAUUUAAUUCUCUCAUGACCGAUCGGAUGAACCUCUUGGAACGUGCGUGGAAUGCUUUGAUCUACAUUGUCAGCCGUGUAGGCACCAGAUGGGCCAUCCUUCCGAGAUAUGAUGCAAUUGUGCAGAGGCACAAAGUGGGACCCGCCAGGUCGAUGAUGGAGGUUGUCCAAAGCUCGAGCAUGUUCCUUCUCUGCACGGAUGUGGCUCUGGAGUUUCCGCGUCCUAGUCUGCCCACAGUUGUGUUUGUGGGAGGAAUCCUCACCAGGCAGGCAGACCCACUGUCAGAGGUACUGUCAGCCUGGGUGCAGGAGGCGACGGAGGGGGUAGUGGUCGUGUCGUUCGGCGCUGGAGUCAAGUACCUGUCUGAGGAUUUAACCACAAAGUUAGCGGCUGCUCUUGGUCGCCUACGCCAGAGAGUCAUCUGGAGGUAUUUUGGGAAAAAGCCCAGUACCCUGGGCAGUAAUACAAAGCUGAUGGAAUGGAUCCCACAAAAUGAUCUGUUGGGUCACCAGAAUGUGAAGGCAUUUCUGAGCCAUGGAGGGUUAAAUGGUAUCUAUGAAUCUAUCUACCAUGGUGUGCCAGUGGUAGGGAUACCAUUCUUUGGAGACCAUUAUGAUGUAAUGACAAGAAUUCAUGCCAAAGGAAUGGGGAUUUAUCUAUCCUGGAACAGAAUGACAACAGAGGAUAUUUAUCAAGCCCUUACCACAGUGCUCACAGAUCAAAGGUACAAGAAGCAGGCUAUGUACUUGUCCACACUGUAUCGGGACCAACCUCUUCACCCAGUCAACCGCACAGUCUACUGGCUGGACUAUGUGCUACGACACGAUGGAGCAGCACACCUACGCCCUACCCUAUAUGAGAUGUCCUUCUAUCAGUAUUACAUGCUGGACGUGGUGGCCAUUUUCACUGUGUGUGUGAUAUUACUUUGCUAUUCUUUAGCCAGACUGUUUAGAAAAUUGAAAGAAAGGGUAUUGCCAAAAGUUAAAAGUAGUCAAAUGCAGAAUGGUUUUCAGAACAGAAAAUCCAUAUCACACGGCAAAAAAAUGAAGUAAACCAGUUUACCAAUUUUCAGACUACAGUGGGAAACAGAUACCUCAACUGGGUUUCUUAACACCUGAAACUCAGUUGCAUAAGUAUUUUGUUAGCCUAAUGUUAUUUCUACUGAUUUUUAAAAAAUACAU